CCAGGUUCGCGUUUGAAUGAAUGCUCACUCUCUCGAGCUAAAUGUCAUCGAUUAAAGUCGACCAAUCGACGUUAGUUCUUACUACUUGAACACUUUGAUUGCACAUUAUGACCCAGAGAGAUAAUUCUGCGUGUAUUUCGCAUUAAACCUCAUUUGUUCAACAGUUAGACUCUUUUGUGUACAUUUUGUACUUUCUCGAAGGGGGCGUGUACUCUCCUGUGCGGUCUGUGACGUCGAUUACGCGCGACAGCGUAUCCUUCCUUCCUGUCCGCGUGGGUCUCCCUCUCCUGCCGUCGUCGCAUGCUACAAAAACACAACAGACAUGAGUGCUGUGGGAUUCUGCGGAGAGUGGUUUCUCUUCACCUGCGACACCAAACUGGUGGCAGUCAACACCAAACAGGACAGAGAGCCGUUCGUGUUUGACUGCAGCGCUGCAGAGAAGAGGCCGAAGAACACAAAGGAGGACACCAGCAGUGAUGCUGGAGCAUCAGAGGAAACAGGAAGUGACAAAGUCCUGGCCUUCGCUGUGUCUCCUUCAGGAAAGCUGGUGGCGCUGACGGAUGACAACAAGAGGCUGGUCCUGUUUCGCUGUGAGCCCUCAUGGCAGUGCGUCAGCGUCAGGUGGGUGGUGAGGAGGUGCACCGCCCUGCUCUUCAGUCAGACUGAGGACGAGCUGCUAGCUGGGGACAAAUCAGGAGACGUUUACUCCUUCUCGGUGACGGAGCCGCAGAGCGAAGGGGAGCUGAAGAUGGGACACCUGUCCAUGCUGCUGGCUGUAACCGUUUCCCCGGACAACAAGUUCCUCAUCACAGCCGACCGCGACGAGAAAAUCCGCGUGAGCCACCUCAGGUCCCCGUACAACAUCCAGUCCUUCUGCCUCGGACACCAACAGUUCGUCAGCUGCCUGCUCGUCCCUGCAGGUCAUCCACACUGGCUGCUGUCUGGAUCAGGGGACGGGACGUUGAAGCUGUGGGAGUUCGAGUCCCUGGAGAGCUGCGACCUCAGUGAGCUGGAGGAGACGCCGCCGCCUGACGCCGACAAACAGAAGAAGCCCACUGUGUGCCGCAUCAGCAGCUCACCGGAUGCUCAGCAUGUGGCCGUGCUGUGUGACAGAGUUUCCACGCUUCAGUUCUUCUCUCUGAAAAAAGACUCCGAGCAGAAAAUCGUCCCUCACAGCAGGCUCCCUCUGCCUCACUGUUCCACAGACAUGACCUUUGACCCCGAGGGUCGACUGUGGGUGCUGAUGGACUCCAGAGAAACACCGCUCCAGAUCUACACACGGACACAGGACUGCUGGGAGAGUGCUGCGGAGAGCGCCGAGCUGCACCGAGCAACCGCAGCCCUGCAGCCUCACAGGGAGACCCUUCAUGCCGCCAUGAAGUCCAGCAGCCGGUACGAGAACCUGUACAAGGUGACCUUCGACAACUGACGGCGUACCAGCAGAAGAAGCAGCAGGCUGAAGGAGCAGCAGCUGAAGAGGACGGCAGCUCAGAACACCAACGGAAAGAAGAAGAAGAAGAGGGAGAAGGAGACGACGGAGGCUGUGACGCAGUCUUCAUGAACGGACCAAUGAAAAGAGGGUCUGUGUUUAUGAGUUUUUAUGUUUGGCUCUAAUUUCUGAUUAUUUUUAUUAAUAAAACCAAAAGCUGUG